AUGGCGGUGGAAGGCAGCGCGCCGACUCGCAUAAUGAUUGCGGUGAAUGAGUCAACGAUCAAAGGUUAUCCACACGCAUCGAUAAGCAGUAGGGGAGCAUUCGACUGGGCUUUGAAGAAAAUCGUUCGUUCUAAUACCUCUGCUUUCAAAAUCUUGCUUCUUCAUGUUCAAGUGCCUGAUGAAGACGGUUUUGAUGAUAUGGAUAGCAUAUUUGCCUCUCCUGAAGAUUUCAGGAGGAUGAAGCACAGAGACAAGAUAAGAGGGCUUCAUCUAUUGGAGUACUUUGUGCAUCAGUGUCAUGAAAUUGGGGUUGCUUGUGAAGCAUGGGUCAAAAAAGGGGACCCAAAAGAAGUGAUCUGCUAUGAAGUGCAACAUGUCCAGCCGGAUUUUCUUGUUGUUGGAAGCAGGGGACUUGGUCCUUUCCAGAAGGUUUUUGUGGGGACUGUGAGUGAAUUCUGUGUAAAACACGCGGAUUGCCCUGUCAUUGCCAUCAAACGCAGUUCGGCGCAGACCCCUCAAGACCCUGUUGAUGACUGA